GUUGUACGGGAUCGGACUUGUUUACAUCAUGGCGGCCAUAGAGAUUAAAACAGGCAUCAGUUAACAAAAAAAGAUCAUUUUCAUCUAAGUGCAGUGAUAUUAGAUAUUUUUCGUUUUGGAACUUAGGAGAGAGAUUCAAGAUGGCAGCAUUUAGCUCUGGGCAAAAAUGGAUUGACUUUUUCAACCAAACCAUACAGCUCCCACCAGCAUUUGAAAGGGAGCAUUCAGCUCCAGAUGUUUCAACGCCAAUACGAAUUUCUCUCAACACCAUAGAAGGACUGACAGGGAAAGCUGAUGCAGAGAAGCAGCCUGAAUAUCAAGUUUUUGUCAGUCUAUAUGACAUAUCCUAUAGGAAGUUCUUUGGAAAGCAGUGGAUGGGUCCCCUUUUGGCAGCGCAUGGAGGCGGAGCAAAAAGACCAAAGCUGAAGUAUAACCAAAAUCUUUACUUUCACACGCCAAUCUAUAAUGCGAAUAUUGUUGCAGUUGUUGAAGUGGUGGCUGUAACGCAGGCAGGGAUUCUCAAACCAAAACGAGUCUCCUGUGGUUGGGGCAUUAUCAAGGUUUUCAAUGAAGAAAAGAAGAGUCAAGAAGCGGCUGCUCAAGGGAAUACUUUACCAGCUCAAAAAGUCCAGCUCAAUUAUGGAACUCCAAGGGCUUUAUUCUUUAUGGAUGAUCCAGUCGAUGAAAAUGAAUAUUUGAAGCCAAUACCAGACUGUUCUCUGUCAUUUACUGUCACAAAACACAAAGCUAUGUUUUCAGUAAUGUCCCUUAUACCAGAGAACACACUUAUUGGAGCUCAUGAUGUCAUCCCAGGCCUUGUAGGGAGUAACAACCAAAAUGCUGACGCACUGAAAAAGCCCAAGGCCCUGAAUCGUGUACCUAUUCAAAUAAAUAAUCUUCGAAUUCAGCUGCCACCUAACAUUGAAAAGUUUGAAGAAGAGCUUUGUGAAGCUCUGCACAGAGAUAGAGAGAGAAUGGAAAACAAGAAGCUUUCUGGGAAUUCUAUAUCCGUUCAAGAGAGAAGACUCAUUGUUGGUGUACAUAACGGUUUGAAUUUUGUAGAGAAGCCAGAAACUAUGUAUUUGGAUGUCUAUGAUGAAGCAACUAGAACUCUGAAACCACAAAAUAGUCCAAAUCUUCGAAGAAGCAAAAGGUUUCACUCCUCCCAGAGAUCUCUAACCAGUACUGAUAGUACCUCAACAUGUCUGGUCGUCAAAAACAAGAUAGAACUGAAUGAGGUGAUAGAUGAUCCAAUGUGUGCUGUUCUUUUUACUUUGGAGUAUGUUGUUGGCCACAAAGUAUCAGAAGAAGAGAAAAAAUUGUCCCAAAGCAUCACGAAAGGGCAUGUUCAAACAGUGUCGGUUAGAUGGGGAGUAUGGAAUCCCAUUACACAGUCAAAUAAUCCCACAAUCCAGGUAGCUUUCCAUGGAGGACCAAUCAAGUUUCCAGAUGAGGACUUCCUCUUCAAGAGGCCAGAUACAAAAAUGCAGAACUCAGAAGCAAGUAAAUUUGCUGGUGGAACGCUAACAUUGCAGUGGACCAUAGGAGAUGGCACAGGUGUGGAACCUCUCCCUAUUUCUCACUUAAUACAACCAGGGUCCAUGUCUUCUAUGCGCAGUGAUGGGGAUGACAAUAUGCUAAUGGAUAGUCCAACAGGGAAAAAACCUCCGUCAGGAAGGCGUGGCCCUGUUCAUCAAACUCCUCAACAGUCAUUGAUGCAGCCUGAAAUGGCAGCAUCUGUCUACUCUGGUUUAAUUCCACAGCAAAUGCAACCUCCAAUGCCUAUGAUGCCCCCAGGUUACCCAUACAUGCCAAUGCAGCAGUCCAUGUAUGGAUUUGGUGCAGCUUAUCAGAGGUCACCGAGAAGUACAGUAAAGGUUAGCACAGAGAUGCAGGAAAUACCGUUCCAACCACUACAUGCUCCUGUAAUGGCUCUCCCCCCUCAACCAAACAGACAACAAGGGUUGUCCAGAGCAGCAUACGCCAAACUCUACUCAACAGAUUUCCCAGCCAUUGUUGAUGCAAAUGGGGAACCCCCAGAAGUCAUUGAUGUGCGGAAACCUUGGGAAGUUGAUUUGAAUAGGGAAAUUCAAGAUCCUUUUCAAUGCAAUGAAAUUGUUUUCCAGUUUCUUGCUUUUGAUCGCUCAUCUACAGGAGAGACAUCAGUUACUGACUAUGGCAACACCAUGUUCUUUACCUUCCAAUUUUACAGAUUACCUCAAGUUACAACAGAAAGGGUGAUGCUGUGUAAACCAAAAAAUGAACUUGUGUCAGAUAAUUCGUCCAUGCCUUUUAUCAUUCAUAGAUUGGAAAAAGAUCACCCAGGACCUGCAGGUCUACAGAUUAAAUAUAUGAUGGAUCCCACGUACAUGAAAGCAGGAGAGAUGCAGAUGUUCCUUCAACACCUUUCUCAGCAGAUCUUGUAUAUUGACAUAUGGGAUGGAGAAUCAUUAUUUUUGAUUGGACAGUGUGCAGUUGAUCUGAAAUUUUUGUGUCGAAAUGGUCAUGAGGCUGUUCAGUCAACAUUUGAGCUUGAUGUCAUGAAAACAGAAUAUGAGGAAGCAUCUACAAAGGUGAUGGGUACUGAUCCCCUGACACAACAUCCUGGAUAUAAAACUUGGCUGAACGGAAAACUUCACUUCAGGAUGGCGAAUAUUGGAUAUAUGGUGGACCACAGGACAAAAAUUGAAACACCCCUAUUUAUUCCAAACAAAAGUCAUUUGAUCGUUUCUCAGACUGCUGGAAACAUUUCCUAUCCAGGCGGAAGUUUACAGAGAGAAUCUACAUCCACAAAGUCAGGCUUAGCAUCCAAAAAGAAAGUGGUUCGUGCUCAUCAUAUUGCCGAGAAAAACCGGGAAAUUGCUCAACUGUUGUCAACUCACAACGAUCAGAUGAUACCAGAAAAAGAUGAGACACCACAAGAGCCAGAUUCAGAGAAAAGGAGAAAAUUAGCACGCAUGGAAGCUCUUAGGCAGAAACAGGGAACGGACAACAAAUUCAAUACAGUUAUGGCGUUUAAAACAGAAAAACAAGAGCGGAUGAAGGAUUACAAAACUAUGGAAAUCUAUAGGCUUCAGACUAAAAAAGAUGGCAUUAUAAACAUGCUCAGCCAAUCUAUAUCUACUGAACAUACUAUUAAUCCAUCAUUUGGAACAUCCGAAUUCUUUGAAUUUGUUCUUAAAAACCCAUUGAACGUUCAACAAACUAUUACAAUUGAGCAUGAAGAUACAGAUUUAAGGGUAAUCACAGAUGCUAGAGAGUGGCGCUACUUCAAGCAGCUUAAUGGUGUGCAUACCCAAGUAGAAGAAGACAUGUUUAUCAAAGAAAGCACCUCUGAGCACCCCCAAAUCUUUCUCCGCCCAAAAGAAACCGUCCAAAUUCCCUUCAAGUACCUUACUUUUAUCACUAAUAAUGCUGUAAACACUACUCCACCUGAUCCUGAAAAGGCUCUGAAAGACGACACAGGGAAGAGAGCAGUGCAGGCAAUGCAGACUAAAUAUGUCAGAGUACUCUUUAAGGGAGACGAUGGAAAGGCCUUGUCUAUUCUCCAGCUCAAAAUUGAACCCCAGCCUCAUGUUGUGAACCAGACCUUGAGAUUUUACCAUCCAGAGCAGACGUUCUUCAAAAAAUCUAUUCGUCUGCCUGGAUCUCAAGGUCUUUCUGGUCCCCCUGGUGGACCAGGAACAGUCCAGUUCUUUGUGAGAUGCAGCGACAGUAAUGUGAUUGCUGAGUGUAAGCCUGUACAGACGGGAGAACCUGUGGAUGUCUUCAUCAAAGCUGCACUAGCUGCCUCUCCCCAGAUCAAGCAUUUUUAUGCUUGCAUUUAUUCUGACCCCUUUCUUAGUCAUCCUGUACAAAUAUGGCAACUCUAUAUUCAUGCCUUGCAGAAAGUUGAUGUAUCAUGUGUGGAGGGUCAAACCAGUCGGUUUAAUUUGCUUCUAAGAGGUACACAAGCAGCACGCCUUGUUCGCAGUUUCUCUUCCAAUCCAAGAGAAAUGCAGCUAUAUCCCUCAGAGCAGUUCCUGUUAGCAGCUGGAGCAGUCCAUGAGCUGAGUGUUGCUGUCCGUCCAAUGAAAGAAGGAACAAAGCAAUUCCAUCUAAACGUUGUGGACGUAGAGUGUCAUCAACUGGUUCGUACAUGGCUGAUCUCUGUUAGCUGCCAACCUCCAACCAUAUCUCGGGCGUUUGAGCUACAACUUCCAGUUGGUGGAGGUAAAGGAAGCAACAAAAAGAUCACAUACACCAAUCCUUAUCCUCACAGGCGAGAGUACCACGUCCUGUCAAGUAGAGAAGAUCUGAUCCAGUUUAGAGAGAACCAUUUUACUGUUGAGGGAGGAGAAACUUAUACCAUCGGAUUGAAAUUCAUUCCAAUGAUGAAACAUGGUGUUGCAGAAAUCCUUGUAUUUAUUAAUGAUGAAGAUGAUAAAAAUGAGGAGACAUUUAAAAUUACCGCCACAUACACAUAA